CCUCGCCGCCGCCCACCCUUCAGCUCACUCUGCAGUAUUCAUAGACCACUGCCCUCUGUAUUACAAACACCACAGCUUGCACCACAUCGCGAACACCAACAUGGCCGACAAGUUCCCCUCGGUCGAGGACCUCGAUUCUGGUCUGCUCGGAGACUCCACCAAUGACAACAACAUCGGCUCAUCCUCAAUGGCCGAAGACCCUUCAGACUUCCUGGCCCGCGAGCGUGCUCUUCUUGGCGACGAUGCCGACCAAUUCGCAACUCCCGCCGACAACGCUGCUACUGUUGACGACGACGAUGACCUUCUUGGCGGAGGCCAGUCUCACCAGCCCUCUGCUGACCACGACAUGGGUGGCUUCGAGUCCAGCUUCCCUGCCAUUGACACAUCAAACGAGGGAGUAGCACCUGGCGGCACGAUUACUGGCUCCACACUACCAUACCAACCCAAAUCCAACCAAGCCUCAUACGAAGACGAAUCCGAACCCGACGUCAUCCGCGAAUGGCGCGAGCGCAGAGACAUGGCCCUCCAGCACAGAGACGAGGUCUCGCAGAACAAGAAGGAAGAGACUGUCAAGGCCGCCCACCAAGCCAUCGACGACUUUUACGAAAACUACAACAACAAGAAGGACAAGACCGUAUCCCAGACCCGCAAGGAGGCAGAGGAGUUCCUCAAGUCGAGAGAGGACACCACUGCUGGAGGUACCAGCUGGGACAGAGUUUCAAAGCUUGUUGAUCUCAGUGGCAAGGGUAGCGUUGGUGGUGCUUCAGGCUCGGCAAAGGGCAAGUUCAGAGAGCUGUUGCUUAACCUGCGCAAGGAUGAGAAGGCCCCUGGCGCCAGCGGUUACUAAGACAGAGAUACCCUUUAAUACGCUUACUGGUUUGGCUAGAAAAAUUGUAACAUUUUGAAACCAUGACCUUUUGAUUCUUGCAGACAUAUUCUU